ACAGGGGGAAUAACGUGCACAGAGUGUGUGGUGUGCGGUGAGAAGCAGAGGACCAGGCGGCUGUGACUUCAUCCCACAACACGUCGCUCCGCUCAUGCUCCGUCCCUCAGACGCCAUCGUGCACUCAUGAUGCGCUACUCCAGCUGGCUGAUCGGCGUGAAACACAGAGCGAGCCUCCGAAAUGGUCCCAAACCAGCAGCGCACUGGGACUGCGGGCAGAGGGGGCAUCGGGCGGAGGCGAAGAUCAACAACCCGGAGCACAUCAUCCACAUCUCGAAGCGAGGCUACAAAACUAUCAAGAAAAUCGGGGAGGGCACUUUUUCAGAGGUGCUGAAAACCCAGAGCCUGAAAGAUGGGAAGUUCUACGCAUGUAAAACCAUGAAGCAGACGAUAAACAGUCUGGAACAGGCCAACAACCUGCGGGAGGUCCAGGCCAUGAAGCGACUGAGCCCUCAUGCAAAUAUCAUCCAGCUACAUGAACUGAUUUUUGACAAAGAAAGUGGGACAGUGCAUCUGAUUUGUGAGCUGAUGGAGAUGAACAUCUAUGAGUUCAUACUGGGGAGACAUACUCCGCUGCCGGACCACACAGUAAAGAAUUACAUGUACCAGUUGUGCAAAUCACUUGAACAUAUGCACAGCUGUGGGAUCUUUCACAGAGACGUGAAGCCAGAAAACAUUCUCAUCAAACAAAACGUCCUGAAGCUCGGGGACUUCGGCUCCUGUAGGAGCGUGUACUCCAAGCCGCCGCACACAGAGUACAUCUCCACGCGCUGGUACAGAGCUCCAGAGUGCCUCCUCACCGACGGAUACUACAGCCUGAAGAUGGACGUCUGGAGCGUCGGCUGUGUCUUCUUCGAGAUCAUGAACUUGAAUCCACUCUUCCCUGGAGCAAAUGAGUUGGACCAAGUUACCAAGAUCCACGACGUGCUGGGGACGCCAGACCAAUCUCUUCUCCAAAAGUUCAAGAAGUCUAAAGCGAUGCACUUCAACUUCCCUCCCAAAAAAGGCACAGGCAUCUCCCGAUUGAUCCCUAACUGCCCAGCCCCAGCUCUGUCGCUGCUCUAUCAGAUGCUCGCAUACGACCCCAAUGAACGCAUCUCAGCAGAAACAGCCCUGCGGCACACAUACUUCAGAGAAGCCCGGCUGGCAGAGAAGAAUGGCGACUCUUUCCUCAGAGUUUCUGGGGCGAUAGAUGGAGAGGAGAGUAGUGGGACCCACAGCUCCAUGGACCACAUCUGUCGCCCGAGCAAACUUGGCAAACAGCUGAGGGGAAGACACGCACGGCAAACACCUUUAACCAGUCACAACAUGAAGCAUGUAGCAGAGCCCGUCAUCAAACGUAACAUCACUCAUUACUGCACAGCGCUGCCCAAGAUCAACAUGGUCGCACCGCGGCCACAGGUCCCUUACCCCGCGUCCACCCUGCCUGCGUUCACCGUCACUCACCGAGGCACACUGCCAGCCCUCACGUCCAAGAAGUGCCAGUCACUGUUGACCAAGCCCCGGGAUGAGUCACACCACGCAGCUUUGAAGACCUACUGCGUGCCACCUCUGGACAGGAAACACCGAGGCUACUGAGCCCAGAACACGUCGGCUUCAGACGUGUUCUUACUGUACUGAGGAAACGGAGGACAGUGUUUGGACGGGCCUGAUGUUGAGACGUGUAAAGCAACGCAAAGAUGUUUGAGAAAGAUAUGCAACGAAGAACGAGUGCGGCAACUUACCAUUAACGCCCACGACACCGAACUGUUCAGUGUGAUCUCUACACAGACGCUACAGACUGAGGAUGAGUUUGUUUAGUUUCACUCAACCCCGUCAGGUCAUACAUGUUUACAGCUGUGGACACUUCAAUCUAAGCCUCUUACACCAGCUACGCAAUAAGAUAUUUGAUAAUAAGUAAAAGGAAACUUAAAGGUCCAGUGUGUAAGAUUUAGGUUAAAGGGAUUUAUUGGCAGAAAUUGAAUAUAAAAUAAUCCUAGUGAUGUUUUUCACUAGUGUGUUUCAUCUAAAUUGUACGAAUUGUUGUUUUCUUAACCCUAGAAGGCUCCUCUCUACGGAAGCCGCCAUGUUUUUCACAGUAGCCCAAACUGGACGAACUAAACACAUUUUGACAACCGAAGGCUCCCACUGGUUCCCUUUUAUGUUUGGAAGGGGAGCGGUAUUCAGCUGCAACAUGCAACUACACCACUAGGUGUCACUAAAUUCUACACACUGAACCUUUAAAUGGUGCAACAUUUAGACAAGGAACAUGAACUAAUCGUAAACAAAUUAUAGAUUAUAGAUAAAUUUGUAGUCGCUAUUAUCAGAUUCAAGUGUAAAAACAAAUUCCAAGUAUUUAUCACCUUUCGCUGUGUGAAGGAAGCAUCACAAAAAUAAAAUGACACAGCAGCUUUAAUCAAUAAGCUGUGAUUCAAAGUUGUCAGGAAAUGAAACAUGAGGAAGUCCAAGGGCAGGGUUGAAACUGUGUCAUAGGUAAAAUAUGAGGUCAUUUAUAUCAGAAUAGAGUCUCCUUGCAGUAACAGUGAAUCAUUUCCUCCAGAGGAACUGAUUUGAGGGCAGAAGUCUUCCUGUGCAAAAGCAAACAGCAAAAACAUUCACAGUAAGUUCUUCACAAUUAGUCUACACUAUUAGGAGAGGUGAUUUAAAGGCACAUUUUUUUCAUCCAGGUAUAAAAUAAACAAACAAUUGAAACCACAAAAAAUACACAAUUGGAAGUGAAUAACGAAAACAUUACUUUUCAGAACAGUUAUGUACAUGACAAAUGUAUUUGUAUAUUCUAAUAUUGCAGGUUAUUUUGUAUUGCUAUGUUCAGAAUGUAGCUUCACUAAUACCUUCAUACCCCCCCCCCCUUCCAAAUUAAAACAAUGUGGCUUUAAUAGUCAUAGUUCCCUUUAGAGCUGUGAGCUCAUAAAUGAUGAACCGUGAGAAAAUCUGCACUUAAUGUGAUGGAUUAUCACAGUAAAAAAAAAAAGAAGGAAUCUAGUAUCGUCUGAAUGUUGUUGUUAUUAACCUGAAAUUCUUAAUAAUUUGCUCUCUGAUGUGUCUGUACCUACUCCGGACACACACACACACGUGCUGAAAUUGAUGGAAACUGUGAUUAUUUUUUAAUGUUUAAUAAAGAGGGAAAUGUAAAAU